UUCUUUCUCUAUCCGACUCAUCAAUUGUGAAAAAAAAAUCGGCCAUUUGACCUAGAAUAGAACCAAAACCACACAACCAAUUUUGGCUUUUCCUCAAAUUUCCCUCCUUUCUCAUUGGGGCUUUUACUCACUACUUUCUACUACUUUCUUCAUACAGUUGUUAAAGCCUCCUCUUUUCUUGUUCCUUUUGCCAUUUGUGCAAUAUUGCUCAAUGGGUAUGUUUUUAUUUGGUUGAAUUUUGGUGUUUUUCAGAUUUUGGUUUCCAUUAUUUUCAGGUAAGAACGACAAAUAGUCUCUACAUGCAUUUCUCUUCCCUUUUUUAUGUAUCUGUCUGAGUGAGAGUAUGUAGAAGAAGUUUGAACUCCACUUCAAGCAUCAAACUGAUUGUGAGACGGAGUGAACCAGAAGAGCUGGUAUCCGUCAUCCACUCAUCCUCCAAUGAAAGGAUUGAAGUUUGACUGAAAAAAAAAACAUCCAAAUUCUUAACAUAUUAAGAUGAUGAUGCAUUUCUGAAGCCAAGAAAGUAAAAUGGGUGGGUGUGUCUCUACAAGCAGCCAUAGUACAUGUAGUAGCCAAAGCAAUGGGGAAUCAGUUUCUUCUUCAUGCAUGGGAAUUGGAUUUGUAUGUCGAAAGCGAACAAAGAGAACAUUCUCCGACCAUGUUUAUGCUCUUCAGAAUCUUCCUUCAGCUCCUAACAGGAUCUUCAUGAAUGGAAAAAGUCGUUCUUCUUGCAUUUUCACUCAACAAGGUCGCAAGGGGAUAAACCAGGAUGCCAUGGUUGUGUGGGAAGAUUUCAUGUCAGAGGACACAAUCUUUUGUGGUGUGUUUGAUGGACAUGGACCUUAUGGUCAUCUCGUUGCUCGUAAAGUGAGGGAUACAUUGCCGAUAAAGUUGCUGUCGUUCUUCCAGUCUCCUCAGCUGAAGCAAAAUGACUCUGGGAAAACCUGUUUCCAGAGGAAUUUGAAGACACCUCCAGAUUGCGAGGAUUCUGAGAAAGAUGGUUUUGUAGAGGACUCACAGAAUUCGGUAUGGAAAGAUGCAUUUUUGAACUCGUAUAAAGCUAUGGAUAAGGAGUUGAGAUCACAUCCUAAUCUGGACUGCUUUUGUAGUGGUAGUACUGCAGUCACCAUAGUUAAACAGGGGUCAAAUCUCUUCAUGGGGUAUAUUGGGGAUUCAAGAGCAAUCCUCGCUUCGAAGGACGCCAAUGAUUCCACUGUGGCAGUUCAAUUAACCGUGGAUCUUAAGCCAGAUUUGCCGAGAGAAGCUGAAAGAAUAAAACGGUGUAAAGGCAGGGUCUUUGCAUUGCAGGAUGAGCCAGAAGUGCCAAGGGUGUGGUUACCUUUUGAUGAUGCCCCCGGUUUAGCAAUGGCUCGAGCAUUUGGUGACUUUUGUUUGAAAGAAUAUGGGGUUAUCUCUAUACCUGAAUUCUCUCAUCGAACCCUAACCGAUGCUGAUCAGUUCAUCGUUCUUGCAUCAGAUGGGGUGUGGGAUGUGUUGAGCAAUGAAGAGGUGGUUGACAUAGUAUCCUCAGCCCCAACCCGGGCAUCAGCUGCGAGGUCCGUGGUGGACUCAGCUGCUCGUGAAUGGAAACUCAAAUACCCUACCUCGAAAAUGGAUGACUGUGCAGUCGUCUGCUUAUUUUUGGAUAGGAGGAUGGACUCCGAAUCUGACUGUGAUGAACAAGCCUUCUCGUCUGCAACAUUGCGUAGUAAUCAUUCGGGUACAGCUAUUGAAUCCGAUGAUGGCCAAAGGUCUGAGCCAUGUUUGCAAAGGAAUAACACUGUCAGAUCAUCUGAAGAAAACAAGGGAUUACCUGUUGACGACGGGGAAAUUGGCGAUGCUGUACCUGCAGAAGAUCAAAACUGGUUGGGUUUGGAAGGAGUCACUCGAGUGAACUCACUUGUUCAGCUUCCUAGAUUUUCCGAGGAAAGGCCUGUGUCAUAGGUUUUAUAAAAUUCUAGGAUUGUGAAUUCAAAAUGGAAAGAUAAAUCUUUCAAACUGGCUACUGGUUUAAAGGUUUGUGUAGGUACAUUUUGCCACCAAGUGUAUCUUGAAUUGCACAAAAGUUUUAACUGUUUUCAUA